GGACAAAAACCCCCUCCUAGUCAAACACUCAGAUUUGAUGAAGCCCACCAAACUACUAUCACUCACCGUCGUUCAAACUCUCCCCCUCUACCUGAAUCAUUUCAGUAUUCACCAGAUAUAU